GCUACCCGUGCGACACCUCCCCCUCCCCCUCCCCGGCGCAGGAAGGAUAUUUCCUGCCGCUCACCGCCCGCCGAACACUUCUGCUUCUACUUCUACUUGAGCGGAGCCUGCUGCGUUCCCACGGCCACCAGCCACUACGCCUGCUCCGCGGUUCCAUCAGCGCCUAGCUCCAAAAGGUCGUCAUUGAGAGGCUGCACCAAUGGGUUCCAUUCCUACUUAUUGUUCUUAUCAAACAAACAGUGUUGGUUCACUGAAACUGUCACCUCACAUCCAAUUCCAGCAAUCUUGUAACAAUGGAGUUAUGUUUGUAUCCAUGCGGAAUAAGACACAGCUGGCCAAAAGAAGAGCCACAAAUUAUGGAACUCAUCCUAAUUCUAGUAGGACUCCUGCACCUAUCGUAUGUUCAACUGGAAUGCCCAUAAUUUUCGUUGCCACUGAAGUGCACCCAUGGUGCAAAACUGGAGGCCUUGGUGAUGUCGUAGGAGGAUUGCCCCCAGCUCUGGCUGCAAUGGGGCACCGGGUUAUGACGAUAGCUCCUCGCUAUGAUCAGUACAAGGAUACAUGGGAUACAAAUGUUCUUGUUGAGGUAAUUGUUGGUGACAGAACAGAAACAGUGCGCUUUUUUCACUGCUACAAAAGGGGAGUUGAUCGUGUUUUUGUUGAUCAUCCUAUGUUUCUUGAGAAGGUAUGGGGCAAAACUGGAUCAAAAUUGUACGGGCCUACCACUGGAACAGACUUCCGAGAUAACCAGUUACGGUUCUGCCUUUUGUGCCUUGCUGCAUUGGAGGCUCCGAGGGUUCUUAAUCUCAAUAAUUCUGAAUACUUCUCUGGACCAUAUGGAGAAAAUGUUGUCUUCGUUGCAAAUGACUGGCACACUGCAGUUUUGCCAUGCUAUUUGAAGAGCAUGUAUAAGCAAAAUGGAAUUUAUGAGAAUGCCAAGGUUGCUUUCUGCAUUCACAAUAUCGCCUAUCAGGGCAGAUUUCCCAGAGCGGACUUCGAACUUCUUAAUUUACCUGAAAGUUUCAUGCCGUCAUUUGAUUUUGUUGAUGGGCAUGUUAAGCCAGUAGUAGGGAGAAAGAUUAACUGGAUGAAGGCAGGGAUCACUGAGUGUGACGUGGUCCUUACAGUUAGUCCACAUUAUGUCAAAGAACUCACUUCUGGCCCAGAGAAAGGUGUUGAGUUGGAUGGCGUCCUUCGUGCAAAGCCUCUUGAAACUGGAAUUGUAAAUGGAAUGGAUGUUGUUGAUUGGAAUCCAGCAACAGAUAAGUACAUCAGUGUCAAAUACAAUGCAACAACGGUGGCAGAAGCAAGAGCUCUCAAUAAAGAAAUACUGCAAGCUGAAGUUGGAUUGCCUGUGGACUCUAGCAUACCUGUUAUAGUUUUCAUUGGACGUCUUGAAGAACAGAAAGGGUCAGACAUACUAAUUGCAGCCAUACCGGAGUUUCUCGAGGAGAAUGUUCAGAUAAUUGUUCUCGGCACAGGGAAGAAGAAAAUGGAGGAGGAACUGAUGCUGCUAGAAGCGAAGUACCCACAGAAUGCCAGAGGCAUAGCAAAAUUCAAUGUCCCAUUGGCGCACAUGAUGUUCGCCGGGGCUGAUUUCAUCAUUGUUCCAAGUAGGUUUGAGCCAUGUGGCCUCAUCCAAUUGCAAGGGAUGAGAUAUGGAGUGAUUCCCAUCUGUUCAUCCACCGGAGGACUUGUUGACACGGUGAGGGAGGGUGUCACCGGAUUCCACAUGGGUUCGUUCAAUGUCGAGUUUGAAACCGUCGAUCCAGCAGAUGUCGCGGCAGUCGCUUCGAAUGUCACACGAGCUCUGAAACAGUACAAAACACCGUCGUUCCACGCAAUGGUUCGGAAUUGCAUGGCACAGGACCUAUCUUGGAAGGGACCGGCAAAGAAGUGGGAGGAGGCACUUCUUGGCCUAGGAGUCGAGGGAAGUCAGCUGGGCAUCGAGGGCGAGGAGAUCGCUCCACUUGCGAAACAGAAUGUGGCCACUCCCUGAAAUCUCCAAAUAUUAGGGAGAGUGUUCUAAGAUUCGACAAAAUAAUGAGGUUGCUAAAGAUGAAGCUGUAUUCAUCUAGGCUUUGCCAUUUCUCUACUACUCCAUGUGUAACAUACUACCACCUGAAUUUCAACAAGACAAGUAUGCAUCCUUA